AAUGUCAUAAGACGCAUAGAAGGACGAAAGAAAAGAUGCCACAGAAGAGGAUGAUAGUCUGGAGAAAAGAAUCCUUAUGACAUGUGCCAGUUAAAAGUCAUUGAUUUGGUACAGGUAUUUGGAUCAGAAUGUGCAGCAAGCGGUGAGAAUGGAUGGAUGAGACACUUACAAACCAUGAAAUUAAGUACAUGUAGUUCAUUUUUAGGCCUAACGCCCGUUUAGUAAAAGUCACAACCAUAGAUUAUGACAUUGUCACAACCAAGGAAGACAGGACAAAUUGUCUAAUGUCAGCUGCUGCCGUCUGUACUUAACAAAUGGAACUAAAAUAAGUUUCUAGUUCGUUGCACUAGCACCGGUGGCGUUCCAAUUGCUGAGAUUUGCAGUUUGUCACAUUUCCUCAACCAGUGUGGAAGCAGAGAUGGGCUCUUCAGAUACUUAUGAUUUUGUAGUGUUUGGUGCUACUGGCUUCACUGGCCAAUAUGUCGUAGAGGAACUUGCAGUUGCCUGUGAUGGCACUGAAUAUACCUGGGCCAUUGCUGGGCGAAGUAUGGAGAAAUUGCAGAAAGUUCUGGCCCAGGCCUCCAAACAGACAGGACUCGCUCUUGAAGAAAAGCCUAUCCUGAUGGCUGACAUGACCAGUGAUGAAGCACUGAUGGACAUGUGCAAGGCAGCCAAAGUCCUCCUGAACUGUGUGGGACCAUAUCGUUUCUUCGGUGAGAAAGUGGUGAAGGCGUGCAUUGAGAAUAAGACGCAUCACCUGGAUAUCAGCGGUGAGCCACAGUAUCUUGAGAAAAUGCAGCUUCUCUAUCACGGCAAAGCCAAAGAAAACAGCACCUACAUCAUUGGUGCAUGUGGUUUUGACAGUAUUCCGGCAGAUAUGGGCUUGAUCUUCCUCAAGAACAACUGGGGGGCAGGCGAAGUGAAUUCUGCUGAGAAUUAUGUUGAAACGGAGUCAGGCCCUGAUGGAGGUGGAGCUCAUUAUGCAACCUGGCAGUCAGCCAUUUAUGGAUUUGCUCAUGCCCAUGAAUUGAAGUCACUCAGAAAACAACUCUAUCCAUCACCACUCCCCAAGCCAUCAUUCAGACAGACCAGGAGGUCUGUGGUGUUCCACAGUAAAGACGUCAAUGGUUACUGUGUGCCAUUCCCUGGGAGUGACCGCUCGGUUGUGCAGCGCACAGAGAGGUACAUCCACGAACAGAAAAACACAAGACCGGUUCAAUUCCAAGCUUAUUACAGGGCAGGCAAUUUGCUUGCUACACUUGGUCUUUCUGUCUUUGGAAUCAUCUUUGGACUUCUGGCAAGCUUUAGCUUCGGAAGGACAUUGCUCGAAAAGUUCCCUCGCCUAUUCUCUGCUGGCAAAUUCUCGCACGAAGGUCCGUCAAGAAAACAGAUUGCGGACUGUACGUUCUGGAUGUUAAUGAUCGGGGAAGGAUGGCAGAAGAAAAUGACGCCCGAAGAACAGCACAAGGACCAACCGGAUAAAAAAGUCCGAGUGAAAAUCUCCGGUCCUGAGGCGGGAUAUGUGACAACUCCAAGAUGUAUGGUUGCUGCUGCUCUUUGUCUGGUGGAGGAACCAGAUAAACUGCCGGCAGGAGGUGGAGUCUACACCCCUGGUGCUGCUUUUGCGGACACACAGCUAAUGGACAGACUUCAGAAACGUGACAUCAAAUUUGAGGUCCUCCCAGAGGAAUAAAGGAGUCACGAUGAUAUUGCUAGUACUGUAUAUGAUAUGCAGAUGACAUCGUCAUCGCCAUAUUGGACGGCAAACACAUUCCUGUACUAGUAACACUGCACUCAAUUGCUUCAUAACGCAAGUAGUGCAACUUAAAUUCACCCUGAGGUGACAUCAGUGAUUCGCAGUUGGAGACCAGGUGUUUGUCGACCAACAUGGAAGUCUCAAAAUAAUAAAAUGUGCUAUUGUUAAAACAGGUUUAACCAACUCUAUUCUUUGAAUAUGGGUAAAAUUUGCUGUCUUAUCCUUCAAAAUGAAAGAUCUGUUCUACCACGACCGCCUUAUACAUACAUACCGUCCUUAUCUCCUAAAAAGGAGAUGAAGUUUAUGCAGAGAAAGCUAGUUGAAUUGUUCGAUUAUAGGUUCAGAGAUGGUGGACAGUUGAAGGAAUUUUGGCAUGUCCUUCAUGCUUGAACCAUGUUCAUUUCUCAUUUUUCAUCAGUCAGUGUAUUCAGAAUUUAUUGACUUGGGCCUAGGUCCAUGUAUGUCUCUGUUGGAGAGUCAUGUUUAUUGAUAUUCGAGAUUACAUCAUGUAUUUGCAUGCUUUGAGUUUUAUGGUCAGCUUAAGGGUCUAUGCUGUUCAUCAUGUUCAUUUGUGUUUUUUUGUUGCUCAUUAAAUAGAAAUAUACGAUUUGACCUCUCUAGUAAGGACACCGCUCUGUUAAGGACAGCAUAUGACAGUCCCAGGGGUUUCCUUAUUAGGGAGGUUCUACUGUAGUUCGCUUUUCUUGGCUUCAUAUAUUGAGACAUUGUACUUAAACGGUUUGAUUGAAUGUUUGACUACUUGGGAAGGGUUAUUGCCCGGCCGGCACUAAUUUACUAGACAUAGCUCCUGUAUAAAGACCAUUCUCCGAAGUAAACUGUCAUAAAUGACGCAAGUGACUGUUAUAUCACUAAUUUGGCUUGAAGGUGACUGGGUGCCUUGUACUUGCGUAUAAUUCUAUGGGACCUGCAUUUCUGCAUAAUUUUUUAUUACAUUCUAAGAUUAAUGUAUGUGCCUGGUAUUUAAGUUAUAUUGGUACAGAUGAAGUCCUUACUGCAUGGAAUGCAGCAUGAUUGUGAAGUAUUACAAUAAAGGAAAUACUAACCUUA